AACUGAUGUUUGUAAAUUGUUUACGCUUGCAGCAUUUGUUGUUUACAAUGUCUGACGAGGAGGACUACAUGUCUGAUAAGUUCCUGGCAGGAUUGCAGGAAGUGCGUCCGAGUCUCGUGCAGGAUCGUGGCAAGAAACGUCAAAUUGAGUUGGAAUCCAAGCGCGACAAACAAAUUAAGCGACAGCGUGAAAUUGCAUCCGCCACAAGCACCAACAAUGAACGAUUACAGAAAGAUCUCAGCCAGCCACUGGCGGCCGACAACAAAGGAUUCCAAUUGCUGGCCAAGAUGGGCUAUAAGGCGGGCAGCGCUCUGGGGUUGCAGGCGGAUGCACGCACCGAACCCAUAGCUAUAAAUAUAAAGAACGAUCGUGGGGGUCUGGGACGAGAGGCAGCACUGGCUGAGCUUGCGGCAAAGCGUCAAGAAUUAAGACGUGCACACCUGUUGCAAAGAGCAGGUAUAGAAUCUGGUGAAGAGAUCAGCACGGAGGCCUUUCGCCGACGAGCCACACAAAAAGCGGAGGAACGUAAGCUGCAAUACGAUAUAAAGCGGUGUCAGCAGACCUGCGAGUCUCUGGACUUGAAGGCAAGCAUCAAAGAGCCAGAGUUGGAGUUCUUCUGGCCACCAAAGCCGCUGGAAGUUAAAGAGGGUGAGGAGGAUGAAACAGCAGAGUCGGAGGAGGAAACAGAUCACGAAGAACAAUAUAGUCCGGCCGAGCAGUUGGAGCUGUUGACAAGUUAUUUACGCACAGCCUACAGAUUUUGUUAUUGGUGUGGCACGCAUUAUGAAAAUGCCACGGACCUGGCGGACAACUGUCCGGGACUGACACGCGAUGAUCAUUAAAUUCACAUUUAUAUAUAUUUCACAAUAAUACGUAGUCAAAAUA